AUGUUCUCUCACUCUCCGUCAAUCUCCCCGACCGACUUACGCAAACCUAGCAUACAAAAUCACCGCAAAGCUCUGGCGAUCUUAGGUGCUGAUGAUUACUUCACGCUAAACUCAGGGACACCGCCACCACCUCCUCCUGCAUCUGGAUCCUAUCAGCUCUCCCUCAAUCCAAUUGUUCACGAACCCUUUCGCGCAUCAUGGGUCUCGCCGGCAUCUCCAGCGUCACCAGACCAAAAUGAGUCGACUAGCCGGAACUCCGGCACUUUUCUUCAAGAUGCAUCGGAGCAUGAAGUUUCGCCUAUAACCCCCGUCUUCCGUCACGGCAGCGAAAACACGUCAGGCUCCGAUGUUCAGGACUUUGGCUACAAAGAGUUUCGACGAGAGUCUGCCGCAAGCACGACCAGUAGUAAUUCCAAAUCAAGCCAAAAUGGACAUAUACGCAGACGGCUUCAUGGGUUCUUCGGUGGCGGCGCUGGAGAUGAAAGUGGCCCUGCGGAAAGUAGUGGUCGCGAGGAUUGCGAUGCUAUUAGCCAAAACCGCGAAACACCCGUAUCGCGUCAUCGAAACGACUCGACAGCGUCCAAAAAUUUCCCAGAGACCUCUAAAACUCGUACCCUUUCACCGAGACCCUCUCGACCACGAACCCCGCUACCUUCAAGUGAAGUCACACCAUGGAUGUACCAGCAAUACAACGAUAUCCCCCACUAUGGCGAGGCCCCUAUACGAAAGGAGCCCACCGGCCCAGAUGUUCAACGUUUCACCAACGGCAAAGCAGCGUCAAUUCAUUCCGAACACAAAGCCUCGCAUAAGCUCCCAUUUACAGGACGGCGGCAUUCUAGAAGCAAGGAGGGAAAGCCUACAUCUUCUGCAUCUUUCGAGUCCGCCCUUCGAUCGACUGCGGCCAACGCUCAAGAUGACGAUGCAAGUUCUCAUCUUCGAGAUGCUGGAGGCUUGUUGGUAAAUACCGCCAUGAGUUCAUCGAGCACUUUGGCCGGUCGACCUACAAGUCCUACGCCUAGUGCUCAAAGUUCUAUAAUCCAGCGAGACACUGGUUCUGGCCAUGGCUCGCCAGGUCCCGUCCGCGGCUUUAUGCAUAAAAUACUCCGAAGCAAGCCUUCAACUUUGAAGAGCCUUCCUGGUUCUGAGAAGAGCCUGCAUGACGCAAUGAGAACUGUCGCAAAGGUGUCUAGACGCGACGCCUCGCCCCUUCGCCAUCGCCAGGGCAGCCUUGAUGAUGGUAUUAUGGGGAGACAUGGUGAAAGUCUUGAGUACGACCGCAGAAGAGAUGGCCGACAUCCUCCCAAAAAUAAGAAAGGACGAAAAUACACCUCAAACAAGUCACCACCGUAUCGAGAGGAGAAAAUUUAUAAACUUGAUACUAAUCUCAGUGAUAUGGAAGGCAUUGUCAGUGAACCAAGGCCGCACUCCCCUAACAACCAGACCAUCAUCUUUGAUGGCAAUUUGCCAGAAGAUAAAUUACUGCAAGAACACCAGGUCGGAGACUGGAACGCCCCUGAUAGUUGGCAGGUUAAGAAGCAAGGCGACGAUCUUGUUCGCGGUCUUCCGGAGAUAGAUAAUGAGCUUGAAGCUGCUGCUAUUAAUGACAGUUCCAGCUACUUUAUUCGUGUCUUUCGUAUUGACUCGACUUUUGCAACACUCUCGGCUCCUCUGAACGCUACAGUCGCCGAUAUUCUCGAGUUGCUUGGGAAAAAGUCUUUCUUGCAAGAUGAUUUGAAAAAUUAUGAAAUCGUCAUGCGCAAGAACGAUUUGACUAGACAACUUGAACAUGGAGAGCGUCCAAUUUUACUACAAAAGAAGUUUCUCGAGCAAGUAGGCUAUUUACCGAAGGAUAGAAUUGAGGACGUUGGUCGUGAGGAUCACAGUUACAUUUGCCGAUUCAUAUUUUUACCAACCAAGCUUAAUGGCUAUGUCAGCUUGGAUGCUGAUCCUGGAUUCAACAAAAGCCAAAAGUUCAGCCAUGUUGAUCUUCAGGGACGCAGUCUUGCCACGAUACCAAUCACUCUCUACAAAAGGGCGCCUGAAAUCAUCUCAUUGAACCUGUCCCGGAACCUUGACAUGGAUGUGCCAUCCGAUUUUAUAACGAGCUGUAUCAACUUGCGUGAGAUCAAGUUCAUGAGCAAUGAGGCCUGGCGACUACCUUCUAGUUUCCGCUUGGCCACUCGACUAACUUAUCUCGAUGCCUCCAAUAACAGACUUGACGGGCUAGAAUAUACCGAUCUUUCUGAGCUUCAUGGUCUUGUCAGUAUCAAGUUGGCAAAUAACAGAUUGUCGUCUUUGCCUAGCUAUUUCAGGGAUUAUUCCUCGUUGCGAAGUUUGACGCUCUCCUCAAAUAACUUCCAAGUUUUCCCAGAAUUCCUCUGCAAUCUUCCAAACUUGGUCGAUCUUGAUAUCAGUUUCAACAGCAUUCGCGAACUACCACACAUAGGUCGACUGAAACAGCUGGAGCGUUUGUGGGUGACGAAUAAUAGGCUAUCCGGGCCUCUUGAUAAGUCAUUUCAAGGAUUGAAGAGCAUCAAAGAAAUUGACGCUCGAUUCAAUGCCAUUGAAAAUGUUGACAGUAUUAUGCGACUACCUCGCUUGGAGCAGUUACUCUUGGGACACAAUGCCGUGACGAAAUUCAAGGGAAAUUUCCCCAAGCUGCGUACAUUGGUGCUUGAUCAUUGUCCAAUAACUCAGUUCGAGCUGGAUGCUCCCAUACAAACUCUUACUUCUUUGAACAUCGCUUCGGCAAAGUUGGUACAAUUGAAAGAUUCUACUUUUGAGAAUCUUCCCAACCUCACUAAAUUGAUUUUGGACAAAAAUUUCUUUUCAUCGCUUUCGCCUUCCAUUGGCAAACUGCGCCGUCUCGAACAUUUUAGCAUGAUCAAGAAUCCUCUGAAGUCAUUACCACCAACUAUUGGUUGUCUGACGGAUCUCAAACUCUUGAACUUGAGAGAAUGUAGCUUGGAACGUUUGCCGUCCGAGAUAUGGUUCUGCUUAAAGCUUGAGCAUUUGAACGUUUCCUCAAACAUCCUUGACGGCUUUCCAAAACACACCGGUCAACCUCCCUUACCACCUGGGGAAUAUGUCUCGCCGUCGCCAGCGACAACACCUGGCUUGUCUAAUACUCCAAGCUACGAGAACAUGGCCUCUUCUGACGAUGCUCAAUCACGGCGCCCAAGCCAGAAUUCGAGUGGGUUACUGAGUCUGGCCGGUUCACCCGGUAUAGGUCGCAACAAUUCCUUGCAAUCCACCUAUAUUCCCAAUGGCCGCAAGGCUUCAACGGCAUCACGAGCGUACACCGAGGGAUCUAAUUCCACCAGAAAAGAUUCAAAUUUCGCACAACGCCUGGCGACAACGUUCUCGGGUUCCCUUCGAAAUCUUUAUCUCGCAGACAAUCGGCUAGAAGAUGAUGUUUUCAGAGAGCUGGCUUACCUCCCAGAAUUACGCGUGCUUAAUCUCUCAUACAAUGUAUUGACCGAGGUUCCCCAGGGUUAUCUUAAAAGAUGGCAAAAUUUGACCGAUAUCUUCCUUUCUGGCAACGAAUUGGCCUCAUUACCUUCUGAUGAUUUGGAAGAAACGAGCAAUCUUAAGACUAUACACCUGAACGGAAAUCGAUUCCAAGUUUUACCUGCAGAGCUAUGCAAAGUCAGCAAACUGGCUAUUCUGGACGUUGGUAGCAAUUUGCUGAAAUACAAUGUUUCCAAUUGGCCUUACGAUUGGAACUGGAAUUGGAAUCGAAAUCUCAAAUACCUCAAUUUCUCCGGCAACAAAAGGCUCGAGAUCAAACCGAACAUUGCUUCUUUGGGAUCAAAUUCAGUAAACGGGACAGAUUUGACCGGGUUCAACUCAUUAACGCACCUGCGCAUCUUGGGUUUGAUGGAUGUGACUUUGACGAUUAAAACGGUCCCCGAGGAGACGGAGGAUCGACGUGUCCGUACUUCGGCAUCUCUUGCAGGAUCGUUGGCGUACGGAAUGGCUGACUUCCUCGGAAAAGACGAGCAUCUCUCUAUUAUUGAUAUGAUGGUUCCUCGUUUACGUUCUGACAACAUGGAUACAUUGGUUGGCAUGUUUGAUGGCCAAUCUCAGUCCAUUGGUGGUUCCAAGAUUGCGAAGUUUCUUCAUGAAAACUUCACACACUGCUUUGUUGAUGAGCUAAAAAAGCUAUCACCUGACACAGACACUCCUCUAGAUGCACUGAGACGGGCAUUCCUUACACUAAACAGGGAUAUGGCCGCCGCUGCAUACAAGUCCAUUGAUGACAAAGAAGUCCGUCAAUUUGCUCGUGGUUCGACAGCAGCCAAAUUGCUCAACAAGGAUGAUAUCCAUUCAGGUGGAGUUGCCACUGUACUUUAUUUGAAGAACAUGGACUUGUACGUUGCAAACGUGGGUGAUGCACAAGCAGUUCUAGUCAGAUCAGAUGGGACUCUGCGACCCCUUACUUUCAAUCAUGAUCCGGCCGAACCUGGCGAACGGAAUCGUAUACGGGAAGCUGGUGGCUUUGUUUCUCGCAAUGGAAAGCUUAACGAUGUGCUUCCUGUGUCUCGAGCAUUUGGCUACUUCCCGUUGAUUCCCUCAGUCGUCGCAGCGCCUCAUACUGCCCACUUUACAUUGACUGAACAAGAUGAGUUGAUCAUUAUGGCAUCUCGAGAGGUCUGGGAUUAUGUCACUUUCGAUCUAGUUGUUGACGUGGCUCGCGCUGAACGCAGAGACUUGAUGAUUGCAAGUCAAAAGAUUCGUGAUCUUGCAAUCGCAUUUGGAGCAUCCAAUAAGCUAAUGGUCAUGAUUGUUGGCGUGAGCGAGCUGAAGAAACGCGAGCGGUAUAGGAAGCUUCGAAAUGCUAGCCUUUCCGUUGGUCCGUCAUCGUUCCCCGAAGAAGUGCUUCCGCCUAAACGUACCAGGAGGGCUCGAGAUGCCGUUGGUGAUUCUCGGCUUGCCCGGUUCAAUUUUGUCGAUGCACCUGUGGGAGAUCUGGCCAUCAUUUUCACAGAUAUUAAAAAGUCUACUUCGCUAUGGGAAACUUGCCCAGAGGCUAUGAGAUCUGCCAUUCAAAUUCACAACGAUAUCUUGCGUCGGCAACUGGGUAUAACCGGCGGUUACGAAGUCAAAACUGAAGGAGAUGCUUUCAUGGUGGCAUUUUCAACGACUAGUGCUGCUCUUCUUUGGUGUUUCAAUUGUCAGACACAAUUGUUGGAAGCCGAGUGGCCUAAGGAGAUCUUGGAGCAACCGCAGUGCAAAGAACGGUACGACAAAGAUGGAAAUCUCAUCUUCAGAGGUCUUUCGGUCAGAAUGGGCACUCACUGGGGUGAGCCAGUGUGUGAGAAAGAUCCUGUGACCGGUCGUAUGGACUAUUUUGGUCCUAUGGUCAAUCGUGCAUCCCGUAUCUCAGCUGUUGCCGAUGGUGGACAAAUUUUUGUCUCUUCUGAUUUCAUGAGCGAGUUUCAACGCAUAAGUGAAGUCUACGCAGAGAGCGAGCGCUCCCUUUCUGUAAGCUCGGAAAGCGACUACGGAGAUCCUUUACAGAACAUUCGAAGAGAAUUGCAACAACUUAAUAGUCAAGGAUUCGUUGUCAAAGAUCAGGGUGAAAAGAAAUUGAAAGGCCUCGAGAAUCCGGAAGCGGUCUAUCUCAUCUGCCCGCAUUCUCUCGCGGGGAGACUUGCAGUUCAGGAAGGUGUUUCGCCCGAUGAAGAUCUAGCGCCUGCAACUAUCAAGAAAGGCUCCCAGCUCGAUAUUCGAACAGACCAAAUCUGGCAGCUCUGGGAAAUUACUCUUCGACUGGAACGACUCUGUAGCUCUCUCGAGACUCCAGGGAUUAGUGAAACCACUUCUCCCAACCGUCAAUUGAUGGAUGCAAUUCAAAGAGGGGGUGGUGAGCUAGCAGAUGGCACAAUUCUGAGCAUCGUGGAAAAUCAGGUCACACGAAUUGAAAAUUGCAUCAAUACUCUCGCCAUACGUCAUAUGAUGCACCCAUUCAAGAAGGGAGAUUCGAUACAUGAGCACGCCAUGUCUAUGGCAGAAGUUGUUAAGCAGUUACAGAGCCAGCUCGCAGAAUUCCAUGCUCUGAAAGAGCAUCUCAACAUAGCUGCGACUGGUGCUCCUGACCCGUUAACUCAGAUAGGACGCAACUUCAAGACACCAGGUUCUCAGAGCAGUGGAGCCAAUUCCAAUUCCUCAUCUCACAUACGUCUUUUGCUAUCACCACCCUCUCCCGAUCGCUGA